ACACCACAGUCACCUUCCUCCAUGGUGUCUGUGCUCUUCAGUAUCUGACUGGUUUGGCUCAAUCUUUGACGAAUAGUAUUUUCAAUCCCAUUCUAGGAAAUCUGUGCAAACCAGUAAAACAAAAUGCCGAAGAAUAAGGGAAAGGGAGGUAAAAAUCGUAGGAGAGGAAAGAAUGAAAACGAAACUGAGAAACGAGAGUUGGUCUUCAAAGAAGAUGGACAGGAAUAUGCUCAAGUUACGAAAAUGCUGGGCAACGGUAGGCUUGAGGCAAUGUGCUUCGACGGAGUGAAACGAUUGUGUCACAUACGCGGGAAACUGCGUAAGAAAGUGUGGAUUAAUCAAGGAGACAUUAUUCUGAUCGGUCUUCGUGAUUACCAAGAUGCCAAGGCCGAUGUUAUCCUGAAGUACACCUCCGACGAAGCGAGAAAUCUCAAGACAUACGGAGAGUUCCCAGAAACUGUUCGUAUCAACGACACAGUUACAUUCGUGGAAGAUGGAUUUGAUGAGGAUAUCGAGUUCGGCGAUGAAAUUAGUGACGAUGAUGAGGAUGAUGUUGACAACAUCUGAUGAGCUACAACGCCAUAGGGAGAGCAAUUGUAGAUUAAGAGUUGGUGUCCUCACGCUGGCAAAUCGAAAUCAAUGCUGAUGAAAGUAAAUAAAUGAAAUGAACAAGUUAUUAAUUUGAAAUAAAUCAAUAAAAUUCCAACAACACGCGACAAACUUUCAACUCGAUAAUUCGAGUGUAUAUGCAAUUGUAUCGAUGAAUAAACUACCAUGGUCUUUUUUUUUCAA